ACCAUAAUUGGGGAGGCAAGAACAUUUACCAUGGAAAACGGCGAUUUGGAGCUUGGAAACAUAGACAUAACCCAAAAGAGUGUCCUACAUCUUCUUAAUCGUGUAAAAGAACAUGAAGACAAGCAUAGAAACCGGUCUUCACCGCCCAUUUACAUGGUACCUGGUGUACUACGAGAUCUGAGCCCAAGUUCUUUCAACCCUCGGGUGGUCUCUAUUGGACCUCUGCACAGAGAAGAUAAGAAUGUUCAAGCAUUUGAAGGGCAGAAAGUAAGUUAUCUGACUAAUCUAUUGGGUCUUAUCCCUGUCCCAAGAGAGGAAAUAUUGAAAUCGUGUAUGCAGAAGGUGUACGCUUCAAUGGAACAAAUCAAGGCGUGUUAUAUUUGGACGAAGACUUAUGAUGAUGCUGAAAUUGCCGAAAUGAUGGUCAUGGAUGCUUGUUUCAUACUUGGAUACAUCCAAUACGGCCUCGAGUUUUCGGGAUCUAAUGAAUUAGUUGGAAACACUACACUAGACCAAAAUGUAGCUCAAGAUUUGGUAUUGCUAGAAAACCAAAUCCCUUUCUUUAUUCUUCAUGAAAUAUUUCAGUGCACUAUAUUGAAAUAUAAGCCUAACACCUCCCUUGUAGAACUUUUCUAUCCAAUUCUAUCUUACUACAACCUCUUUGAAGCACCUAUAAAUACAGAUAAUAUUUCCACUAAUAAUACUCGUCAUAUUCUUAGCCUUCUACAUCAAUGUUACAUGCCAGAAGAUAAUGUUACAUCGUGUGAUACACAUUCAUUAAUCUCAAUGAUCCCUUCUGCUAUAGAUCUAGAUAGGGCAGGGAUCAAGUUCACAAUUAAUCGAAAUCCGACAUGGGUGAUGGGAAUGAACGUGAAAUUAAAUAGGUUACCAUGUUUGUUUGGGUCUUUGAGUAAGCCUACUCUAGGAAUGCCAUCAUUGCGUGUUGGCGAUUCCACUGAAAUGGUUAUAAGGAAUCUCAUUGCCUACGAGCAGUCAUAUCAAACUCGUAAUCAUAUUACAUCUUAUAUUAUUGCCAUGGAUAUGUUGGUGAAUACACAAGAAGAUGUUGCCACAUUGGUAGGCUCGAGAGUCCUUGUAAACUAUCUGGGAUCAAAUGAAGAAGUUGCUAAUAUGAUCAACAACAUAUGCAAAAAUGUUACAUACAUAGAUUUCUUUUAUAAAGAUCAAUGGAAAACAUUGAAGAUGUACUGUGGUAGUUACUGGCCAAAAAAUAUAGCCUGGUUGAAGCGCACUUACUUUAAUAGUCCGUGGAAUAUCAUUGCUCUACUUGCUGGAAUCAUCGUAUUUGCUCUAACUAUGAUUCAAACCAUCUUUACCAUUAAGCCUGUUGGAAGCAACAACUAA